AUGCUUCCAAGUAAUACCAUCUUGGGGGUCUGUCUCAUAACUCAGUUAUGUGUUGGUGUCACAGGUAACUCAUUACUGUUUAUUUUAUUCAUAUAUACUUUCUUCUUUAAGCCUCAUUUUAAGAAGUUGAUUGAUUCAAUUUUCAUGCACCUGACAAUAGUUAAUGUGCUGAUGAUCAUAUUCACAUUGAUAUCCCCUAUCAUGUCGUCCUUUGGAGUACCCAAAUUUCUGGAUGAUGCUGGCUGUAGGGCAGUGUUAUUUAUAUCUUUGUCAUCCUUACUUUGCUCCUGGCUCAUUAACCUGCUCAUCUAUGCAUAUAUGGUUCCAAUGGUUAUAGCCAAAACCAAUUCUACUCACUUUGGCAAUGGAUAUUUGGAUCCUUACUGUCAAAACAAGCACUUUGGGAAACAAAAUUCAGGGUCAUUUUUGAGUGUCAUUCUCAUUUAUGAUCUCUUCUACGUGGCCAUCAUGAUGUGGACCAGCCUGCUCAUGGUAACUGUCCUCUACAGACACCGAAAGAGAGUCCAGCAUCUCCACAGCACAAGCCUGUCCUGCCAGCCAUCUCCUGAGGGCAGAGCCACUCACAGUAUCUUGUUGAUGGUGAGCUGUUUUGUCUUCUUUUAUUGGUUGAACAAUUUCAUCACCCUUUCUGGUUUUUAUGUACAAGUAAAAAUUCCAAACUGGGAGGGAAUUAAUGCAAUUUUGGGAGCAUGCUACCCAACCAUCUGCCCUUUUUUACUGAUGAAGAAUAAUAAACUUGUUUUGCAAUUCACUGCUUCCUUUUCUGAAAAGAAGAUGGCCUGCUUUCAAAGUGCACUCGGUGGCUGA